AUGCAACCAACAAAGGUUUAUCAUAAGAACAAGACUGGGCCUAACAGCACCAUAGGGGGCCUACACGAGCUAUAUAAACAGAUGCAACCAACAAAGGUUUAUCCUAAGAACAAGACUGGGCCUAACACUGGUGACACUAUGUGCCGUGGGCCUAACACUGGUGACACUAUGUGCCGUGGGCUUAACACUGGUGACACUAUGUGCCGUGGGCCUAACACUGGUGACACUAUGUGCCGUGGGCCUAACACUGGUGACACUAUGUGCCGUGGGCCUAACACUGGUGACACUAUGUGCCGUGGGCUUAACACUGGUGACACUAUGUGCCGUGGGCUUAACACUGGUGACACUAUGUGCCGUGGGCUUAACACUGGUGACACUAUGUGCCGUGGGCUUAACACUGGUGACACUAUGUGCCGUGGGCUUAACACUGGUGACACUAUGUGCCGUGGGCUUAACACUGGUGACACUAUGUGCCGUGGGCCUAACACUGGUGACAUUUUUUGUGCGGCAAGGCAUAAGAGAAUCAAGCUCAUGUUCUAG